CUCCGCCGAAGCAUCCAUGUCCAACACGGCUGAUGCUUCUUCUGCUAUCCACGCGUCAAUUGAUCAUUGGUCUAUCAAUCUGACAAGUACCUUCCUUUACCUUCUCUCACACACAUUUCCACACUCGCUACGUGUUUGUGUAGUGCACAAUACAUGCCUUACUACUAACUCUUGCCUUUUUCUCACCUCUGACAUCGGAAAAACAAGAAUAUCUUCACGACUUCACCGGAACGCCAUCUCCAGAGUUAGAAAACACACCUCUCCUUUUUAUUUUCUAAAAGAGAAACCAAAUAAAGAAGAAAUUUAGAGCAAGACCCACCGGUCAAGACGAUUUCUUUGAAAUAAAAAAAUUUAGGGUUUAUCCAGGUUCGUCGUCAUCUUCGUUGUUGUUGCUUGGAUUCAAAGUUGAAUUUCCAUCUGGGUAUUUCGUAUUUGGAUGAUUUCUUCAAUCAAUCCAUCUGGGUUAUUGGUACCUUUCCAUUUUAUUUUAUUUUAGGUGAAAAAGCUACGAUCUUUUCAGUCAUCACACUGUUUUAUUGCUCGUAUGUGUGGUGUUCGCGAAAAAAAGAUCAAAUCUUUUAUGUCUUCUAACCUCCUCUAAACGAUGAAGAAUCUAAUCGAGGGUUUUAAACGAUAAGUUUUUGAAUGAUGGUGUUUUAUCUAUGUGAGAUUCUUGAAGGGGGUUUUUGAAGGUUAAGAUGAGGAACAGGGGGAUAAUCUGAAAUUGCAGUAUGAGUAACAGUGAGAAGAACAACAUCAAGAAAUCAAAAGAAGAAGCGUCAUUCGAUAGUAGUAAUAGUAAUCAUAAUAGCAAUAAUAAAUCUGGAACAGUUAAAUCGGGAUCAGGUUGCUCAAAAUCAGUUUGUUCAAAUGGGUCAAUUACAAAUUCAGACUGCACGAUUGAUGAAAGGGUGCUUGUUGAUCCAAAACUCUUAUUUAUUGGAGCCAAAAUUGGAGAAGGAGCUCAUGGGAAGGUUUACGAAGGAAGGUAUGGUGAUCGAAUUGUGGCUAUAAAGGUUCUCAACCGUGGGAGUAACACAGAAGAACGAGCUGCACUUGAAGGCCGUUUUGCACGUGAAGUUACUAUGAUGUCAAGAGUGAAACAUGACAACCUAGUUAAGGUAUAUUUGGUUAUUACAAGGUUUAAACUCGAUAGAUUUAUUACUUAUUAUUAUUUAUUUUUUUUGCAGUUUAUUGGAGCUUGUAAGGAACCUUUAAUGGUGAUUGUCUCCGAAUUGUUACCCGGAAUGUCACUUAGGAAAUAUUUGGGAAGCAUUCGUCCAAAUCAAUUAGACCUUCGUUUGGCUUUGAGUUUUGCUCUUGAUAUUGCUCGAGCCAUGGAUUGUUUGCAUGCUAAUGGGAUUAUACACAGAGAUUUAAAACCCGAUAAUUUGCUGUUAACUGCAAAUCAAAAGUCUGUGAAGCUUGCAGAUUUUGGUCUUGCAAGAGAAGAAACCGUUACUGAAAUGAUGACAGCAGAGACUGGUACUUACCGCUGGAUGGCCCCUGAGUUGUAUAGCACAGUGACAUUGCGUCAAGGGGAGAAGAAGCAUUACAAUAAUAAAGUUGAUGUCUACAGCUUUGGAAUUGUGUUAUGGGAAUUAGUCACAAACCGAAUGCCAUUUGAAGGCAUGUCAAAUUUGCAAGCUGCUUAUGCUGCUGCUUUUAAGCAAGAAAGGCCAAAUCUUUCGGAAGACAUAUCACCUGAACUAGCGUUCAUCAUACAAGCAUGUUGGGUUGAAGAUCCAAAUCUAAGACCAAGUUUUGACCAAAUCAUACGAAUGCUCAACACGUUUCUCUUCACCCUCCCACCACCACCAUCCGCCACGUCACCGGAAGAAUGUGAUGCCGCCGAUGACGUGGCGGCGGCAGCAGCAAGUAAUGGCGAGCUUUCCGCACGCUCAAGACGCAAGUUUUCUUUUCUUCGUCAGAUUUUUGCUGCCAAAAAAACCAAGAACUCACAAUGAGUCACCAUUAAGAUCUUCAUUUGACUCAACAGAUACUUACUUGAUCGUUGAGUGAAGUGUAUGUAAAAGCCCUAAUUAUCAAAUAGAUGAAACAAAAAAAGAUUAUAUGGUAAAAAUAGGGCGAAUAGGUUCAAUGGAAGUGUCUUAGUGGACAUUGGUUGUAAAUGAGGCACAUAAAAACUCUUAGAUUUUUUUUUUUUACUUAUGUUAAUAUGAAUGCUGCUGUAGUUUUAGCUUUAAAAAAGGCUUCCCCUUUUGACGUGAUUGUUGGAUUGAGGGUGUUGUACAACUUUUUCUGCAUGAGGUACAUGUUACCUUGUGGUUUGUUGGUUUUGCUCAAGUGUAAGGAACUAACAUAUGAAGAACUUAUGCUAUGUUUUUGUAUCAA